AUGCGACGAUCGAUCGAUUCGAAACACCAACCAACCCAGCAACACAACACGUCACUGCAUCUUCAGAACACGCAGCCCGGUCGUCCAGCACAGCACAGCACAGCACUAUACACCCACCACCCAGCCCGGACUGAACCUCUCUCGUUCGCAUCCAAGGAGCUCCAGAGACAACCCCACGCUUGUCGUCCGAGACAAUCGGAGCUCCUAGGUUCUCUCCCCGCACGAUCCUAG